CACACGCAAGCGCUAUUCAGGCUUUGAGUUAACUAACUGUUUAUUUAAGUGUUGUAUGUUAUGGGUGGGGGGUGUAAUGUGAGGGCAGUUAGUGACUUUUUGGUGACUUUUUGGUUUUUGAACAACAGAAAUGUCACGGGCAUGAUCUUACUGUCAGAACAAUGCUGUUGUCACUUUCAAAAUAAGAGCACAAUGAGACAAUUAAUGUCAGCAUUUGAUGUAUUUAUUACCCCCCUCCUUUUAUACGUUUGCAACUCUACAUUAGCUGUUACAAGCCCAGACAUUUAAUCAAAAACUGAAUGAACCACGAAUAUUUUGUUCAUUGAAACGAAAAAAAAAUCUCACUUUUUUCAUAUGUCAGGAAAGUUUUUGGAGCCGCCUUACUAAGUUUUUAAAUAAAACUUCCCCUCAUAUCAGUCUGUAAGAUUUCACCUCCUUACUCUGAUAAUUUUGUAAACUCGUCAUAAAGUGCAACACUAUAGCCAUAUGUGUAUAUGCAAGCCCGGAAAAAAUCCCCAUUCGCCCUGAAAUAGUAAAUAUGUACUUUAUAUUGGCUCAUAUGUGCAGCCUGAGAGUGCCAAUGUGUGUGUGUGUCUCGGGGCAAAGCAGACCCCGCCCCCUUUAUGCUAAUUGUGUGUCAGGGGGAGCAGGCGGCUCUGAUUGGCCAGGUCGAAGCCAUUUAUUCGCUGACAGCCCCGUCACAUGAAUGGUUGUCUAUUAACUUGUUCAAAAAGUAUCUGGAGUUGUCAAGGCUCAGGCGGACGGAGGCGAAAAAGUACAGUUUGUUGAUGCUUUUUUCCGGGAGAAACGACGGGAGAAGUUUUGUGGACACAACAUAGCAGGGACCUAUUGGGAGAAGGCUCUUUGUCACACACACAUACACACACAGAGACACACGCUCUCACUCUGACACACACUCAGUGCGAGGCAAAGAGAGAGAGAGAGAGAGAUAGGGAAAGAGUGUGUGGAGACGCAGCUUGGUGCUGGUUGUUUUUGUCCAGAGAAAAAGUUGCAGAAGAAAAACCGACAGGUAACUUUUUCGCAGCAGCAGCCUCGCGCUCCUCCUCACUGUCCAGCCUCUCUGCGGCGCGUGGACUCUUCUCUUUGCUUUUUUCUUCUUGCUCGGGAGCUCCCACUGAAAAAAGCUGUUCCUGAUGUAUAACAUGAUGGAGACUGAACUGAAGCCCCCAGCUCCCCAGACCAACACGGGGGGCUCGGGCAACACCAACUCGUCCGGCACCGGCGCCAACCAGAAGAACAGUCCGGAGCGGGUCAAGAGACCCAUGAACGCGUUCAUGGUGUGGUCCCGGGGCCAGAGGAGGAAGAUGGCGCAAGAAAACCCCAAAAUGCACAACUCGGAGAUAAGCAAGAGGUUGGGCGCAGAGUGGAAACUUCUGUCGGAGAGCGAGAAGAGACCUUUCAUUGACGAAGCUAAGAGGCUGCGGGCCCUGCACAUGAAGGAGCAUCCGGAUUACAAAUACCGGCCCCGGCGGAAAACCAAGACCCUCAUGAAGAAGGACAAGUACACCUUACCCGGCGGGCUGCUGAGUCCCGGAGGUAACGGGAUGGGAGGUGGGGUCGGUGUAGGGGUCGGGGCCGGGCUGGGCGGUGGGUUGAACCAGAGGAUGGACAGCUACGCGGCGCACAUGAACGGCUGGACCAACGGUGGGUACGGGAUGAUGCAGGACCAGCUGAGCUACCAGCACCCAGGGCUGAACGCGCACAACGCGAGCCAGAUGCAGUCCAUGCACCGCUACGACAUGAGCGCCCUGCAGUACAACACCAUGACCAGCUCCCAGAGCUACAUGAACGGCUCUCCGACCUACUCCAUGUCCUACUCUCAACAAACCACGCCGGGGAUGACCGCGCUGGGCUCCAUGGGGCCCUCAUCUGUGGUCAAAUCCGAGUCCAGCAGCUCCAGCCCGCCUGUUGUCACCUCGUCGUCUCACCGGGCCGCCCCGGGCUGCCAAAGUGGGGAUCUGAGGGACAUGAUCAGCAUGUACCUGCCCGGGGCGGAGGUCAGCGAGCAGAGCGCCCAGACCCGGCUACACAUGUCCGGGCACUACCAGAGCACCGUGCCCGGGACGACGAUCAAUGGCACGCUGCCAUUAACACACAUGUAAGCAGAGAGUGAGAGAGAGAAAGAACUUUUAUAAGAGAAACUGUGGACUAUUAACGUUGGACUAUUUUUGUACAGAAAAAUUUCGGGGUGGGAAAAAGUUGUAUAGAAGUCUCCAGGAAAAAGGACACACGACUCUUUUAUUCUUUGAUUUUAUUCUACGGAAGCUCUAGAGGAACAUAGGAGAUCCCCUCUUCACUGGUGGAUGAAGUUUGGAAGACAAGAAAGAAAGUGGGAGUCGCAAUCAAAUGUUUUAUUAUUGCAAUCACCUUUUGUACAGUAUUUAUCAAGAAACAUUACAAUCAGAUGAAAUUGUUUGUUAAAUUGCAAGAGGUUGCAUUUUCUUUUCUUUUUAUAUAUAUAAAAACGCCAGUUCUGCAGAAAAUAUUAAAACGUGAAAAUAGCAGAACUGCAAUUUACAGGAGCGAUCAGUUAUGCUCCUUUAUCACUGCAAACAUUGGAAAGAAAAGGGACAUAAAACGAAGCAGGUAAUGCUGUUUAUUUUUUAUCAUUUAAGGUUACUAAACAUUAAUUUCUUUAAAAAAAAAGAUAAGACACUUUUUCUCUCAUACAGCUUAAAAUAUAGGUUGUUAAUUUAUAUCUCCGUCUCCCACUUUUCAUCUGUUAGAGGUAUGACGCUUGUGCUCUUUAUUUUCUAAUUGAUUUGUACAAUUUCUGUAUAUUUACUGUGAUAUUUUAAGUUUUUAUUUCCAAACAUUCAUUCCCGUAGUUGUAUUUUAAAAAUUGUGGCCUGUACGCAGAAGCCAACCACUCCAUGUAAAUAUAUACCGGAACUAAUACCAUCCUUAUAACAGUUACAAUUUCAGCUGAGUAUAUUAUUUUUCAAUAUGCAGUUUGAAAUGAAUAAAUUUUGGAAAUUUGGAUACUUGAAA